CUAUUUCCCACGGAAAAAAGGGAGGUUACCACACAACCACACUCUUGAACGCAACCACAAUCCAUAGGUUCUCUUACAUCAAGUGACUGCCAUGCGAGAAUCUUAUAGAGGAAGUUUGAAGAGGGCUAGGCCAAUCCUCAAGCUCUCGAUCACGUAGCGGAUAUUUCGAGGUUUACAAACGCCCAAAGGUAGCGGUGGAAAAUUGGGGUCUUCAGUACAUCUUGUUCGUGGCGAUUUUCCAAAAUUUAAAUUCCAAUGACUGUAGAAUCUAGAGCUCAUCUCAAAGGAAUAAACUGCUUCAAGUUCAAUGUUGGAACUAUAUCCAUCAUCGAGAGCUACGCAUCAAAAUGUGCCUGUGUGCUGAAGGCUACGAUACAGCUUUCUCUACCGAAGCCGUUACCCAUCGGGAAUCAUAUGGAAAGGGUCAUUACUCGGUAUCUCUGACUUACAGAAAUACUUAUUCCCGGAGUGCUUCUAAAAGCGGUGGAGCUGUUAUGUAUUGGUUCGGUGAUAAAGUAAUUCGAGGACGUAUAAAAACAAUAUCGACGCGCCGGGCCUCCAGACCAUACUCACUCUUAUGCAGAACUUCACGAUGAUUGAUUUCAGCACAAUCUUUAGUCUCAAGAUCUUUCUUGACAUCGCGGUCUACUAUUUCAUUCUUCGGUUUUUCCUCUGGAUCCUGAAGCCGAUUCUUGGUCUCACACCUUUCCGCCGUAUCCCAGGUCCUCCAGCAGACUCGUGGUGGACAGGCAACCUAGGACAGCUGUUCAACGCCAAAGGAUUGCCCUUUCACCAAAAGCUUGUCGAUGACUACGGAGGUAUGGUGAAGGUUCACGGCUUCUUCGGGGACGAGCAACUUUACGUUUCGGACCCCCGAGCGUUGCAGAGCAUAAUCAGCAAGGACCAGGAUGCAUAUGAAGAAACUGCAGUAUUCAUUGACUCCAAUAAAAUAAUCUUUGGACCUGGCCUUGUGGCUACUACCGAUGAGAUCCACAAGCGGCAGCGGAAGCUCGUAACACCGGUCUUCUCGGUGACCAAUCUCAAGGCGCUAACACCGCUUUUCUACGAUAUCGCGGAACGGCUCGCAGACGUCCUAGACAAUGAAUUGAAGGAAAAGAAAGGCAAGGAAGCUGUCCUGGAUAUGCAUGAGUGGAUGUCUCGAGUGGCUUUAGAAUCAGUCGGCCAGGCUGUUCUUGACUAUUCCUUCGAUCCUUUGGAUUCUCCCGUGAACAACCCGUACACAGCGGCAAUCAAGGAGUUGAUCCCAACACUCUUCUCGUUAGCCAUCCUUCGGCAAUUCGCCCCGUUCUUGUCGCGCGUCGGGAGCGAUGCCUUUAGGAGACGGCUGGUUGAAUGGACGCCGAAUCAGACCGUUCAAAAGCUGAAACACAUAUCUGAUGUGAUGCAUAGUACCGCCCGAAGGAUUCUUCAGGACCGCAGAGCUAAUAUCCAUUUGGAAGACACGAGGCAGGACAGCGAAGCGAAGGACAUCAUUAGCAUCCUCCUUCGAGAAAAUGAGCGCGCAGUGCCUGAAGACAAGAUGUCGGAAGAUGAACUGACAGGUCAGAUAACGGUCCUCAUCUUCGGGGCGCAAGACACCACCUCAUCCGUUAUGUCAAGAACUCUUGACUUACUUACGAUGUACCCAAAUGUUCAGGACAGGGUGCGCGAAGAACUCCAUGCUGCGACGGGUGCAGGUGAUGGCAAUAGCGAAAGAAUGGAAUAUGAUGAAAUUAUCAACUUGCCAUGGCUCGAUGCUGUUCUGAAGGAGACACUGCGCCUGUAUCCCCCUGUUCCGUUCGUUCGGAGAACCGCGGUCAAAGAGAGAACACUUUUGUAUUCCCCCGUGUCUCGUGAACGCGCCACAGAAGAUCAUUCAACGGCAUCAGUCACAGUACCAGUUGGUACGACGCUAUUCGUGGGAAUUGCGGCGGCCAAUCGCCUUGAAUCCAUUUGGGGUGCAGACGCCAAGGAGUGGAGGCCUGAACGAUGGUUAUCGAACGAGCGCAAAUCUGAGCCCACAGUCCGCUUACCUGGGAUAUAUGCCGGAACGUUGUCAUUCUUAGGCGGUGGGAGGUCAUGCGUCGGAUACAAAUUUGCUUUGAUUGAGAUGAAGAUUAUUCUUGCGACGUUGCUUCUCAGGUUCCGAUUUUCGAAAACAGAAGACGAGAUAGUGUGGAAUCUUUCUCAAAUCAUCUCGCCGUCGGUGAGGAGAUCUGUACAAAAAGGACAGCAGGUGUUCUGUGAAGAAACCAAGGGGCUGCCACUCCUCGUUCAGUCGGAUCUCGGAUUAUAA